AUGUCGUCGACGACGACGACGCAGCAGCUGACAAAAUGGAAGAUCCCGCCGGUCUUCUACGUCGGCGGACAGUACAUACGGGACCAGGAAGGAACGCACAUGAGCGGCCAGAUGUGCGUUCGCCACUACGGCGCAGACGAUAACGACACCCCUGGUACCCGGCCGACGGUCAUCUUCAUCCACGGCGCCGCGCAGACGGGGACGCACUUCGAAGUCACGCCAGACGGACGGCCGGGUCUGGCGCUGUUGCAGGCGCAGGAAGGCUGGAGCUGCUACGUGGUCGACCUGGUGGGCGUAGGUCGGUCGCGGUACCAUGCCGCCGACAUGGGCGCGCUGAAGCACUACACGGCCGAAGAGCUGCAGGCGGCCUUCACGGCACCGGCACCCGACGCGUGGCCGACGGCGAGGCUGCACACGCAGUGGCCCGGCAGGGGCACAAUGGGCGACGCGCACUUCGACGCCUUCUACGCCAGCCAGGUCGGGCACAACGCAGACUAUAAGGCCAUGGAACGGCUGGUGCGCAGCGCCGCGCGUGCUCUCCUCACCAGGACUGGACCCGCGUACCUGGUCACACAUUCCCAGUCUGGCCCGCUGGGGUGGCACAUCGCAGACGAGUGUCCGGAGCUGGUCAGAGGCAUUGUGGCGCUGGAGCCUCACGGCCCGCCAUACGAGUUGCCGGACGUCGCGCCGUUCAACAAGAACAAACGCUCUGCUGCCUUGGUCGGGACACUGCAUCAUCCGUUCGGCAUCACUUCGACGCCUCUGAGCUUCGCACCAGCGCUGGCGGCGGACGCGACGCAGCUCAGCUACGAGCGGUUCAGCCCGGAGACGCCGCCACUCGAUUGCGGAUUCCCCACGCGCGGAUGUCGCCAGACACGGCCGCCCAGACAGCUCGUCAACCUCGCGUCGAUCCCCGUCCUGCUUGUCACCGCCGAGGCUUCGUACCAUGCGAGCUAUGACCACUUGACGGCGGACUUCCUCCGCGACGCAGGCGUGCCAGUCGAGCAUGUCUAUCUCGCGGAUAGGGGCAUUAGGGGCAAUGGACACCUGAUGGCCAUCGAAGCGAAUAACGAGGAGAUCCAAAAGUUCAUUAAUCAGUGGCUGACAAAGGCAGAAGGAAGCCUUCGGUCGGAAACUUGA